UUGGCAGCGGAGGUGGCCAACAGCAUCUUCUCAGAGCUUUUCUCCGCUCCUAGCUUCUCCACAGCUUGGAGAAGGGAUAACGGGCUUAUAUUCAGCCAGAAUCCAGAGGAGGAUUUGGGGCAGACUAGGGUGUAGCUUUCUUGGCAGGGAAGAAAGAGUUUGGGAGAAAUCAUGAGCAGUCGUCCACCGAGUCCCCAGCCUAGCACGUCAGGGUACCCCCUGGAGGUGAUAGUGAAUGAAGAAAGCCCAGGACCAUCAGCCCGCUGGGUAGAUCCCAGGCCCCUGCCUGAGUCCUCGGGCCUGAAGAGGAAGAGGGAGUGGUCGGAGUCUCUCCAGGAGGAGACGGAGGAGGAGACAGCCGCCAAGGCUGAGGACAGCUGGGCGGUGGAGUGGCUGUGUGGACUCAGGAUGAAGCUGAAGAAACAGCGGGCGUCCACAGUGCUGCCUGAACACCACGAGGUCUUCACCACACUGCUCGAGGAUCCUGUCGUUAAAAGAUUCCUGGCCUGGGACCGAGAUCUGUUGGUAUCUGACAAGUAUCUGCUGUCCAUGGUCAUAGCUUAUUUCAGCCGGGCUGGCCUCUUCUCCUGGCAGUACCGGCGGAUUCAUUUCUUCAUCGCUCUCUACCUGGCCAACGACAUGGAAGAGGAUAACCAGGCCCCCAAACAGGCCAUCUUUUCCUUCCUCUAUGGGAAAAACCGCGCUGAGCGCCCCUUGUUCCACAAACUGCGAUUACAGUUCGUCCGUUCCAUGGACUGGAGGAUGAGGGUCACCCGGGAAGAGUGCGAGGAGAUCCAGGCUUUUGAUCCCGAUCUCUGGGUGUGGGGCCGAGAUCGGGCCCUCCUGCCCCAGGGCUCCAGGGACCGUGGAGGCCUGAGGGAAGGUCACUGAGGCCGGGGAGACGCGGGUUGUGAGCAGGAAGUCAUCCCAGACACCAAUGACAGACAUGAGGAAGGAAGAGAGGAGCCAAUUGUGCACAUAGUCUAGAAGAACCCAGAACCUGAGAAUGAGCCGAACGGUUCUCGUGUCGUACUCCUAGGAGCUGGGGGCACAGCCAGGAGUCCAGACAGGGACAAUAAGGAACCAGGGUCUUCUCAGCGUCCACCCCUUCCUAAGGCACUGCCACAUCCUCAGACUGUUGAACUCAACCGUCCCCCGAGGUAGAAGCUGCAGGCCUGGUUGUUACCCACGUGGUUUCCACAGUCUAGAACCAUCUGAAGGCAGAGUGCAGGGGUUCCAGAUAGGAGUGAAUUAUUUUAAAAAUAUCAAAUUAGAGCCAAGGAUUGGGAUGGAUAACUUCAUAUAUGCCAGAAAUUUCAUUGGUUUAUUUUUAAAAUGUUGUCCAUAGGAUUACUAUAUUGAUUUUUAUAAUUGAUAUUUUUAUUGUAAAUGGUUUUGAAAUAGUCAUGGUUUUGAAAACAUGCAAAGUUUGGUAAUGAGCAUUAUAGCUGCUAUAUAUGUAAUUUUGUUUACAUUUUUAAGAGACUUUUUGUGUUUUUAUCUAUUAUAUUUACAUAAUAUAUUUAUUAUUUUUAUUUAUAGCCAGGUGGGUAGUUCCCCCAAAUUCCUGUAAAUAUAAAUUUAUAUAUUUUAGGCUUCCUUAUUGAAUUGGGAGAAUUCAGUUGUACUUUUUAAACUUGCCUUGAUGACAUGUCUGUAUGUUAUUUAGAUUAUGAAACAGGCGGUGAUGUUUCAUCUCUCAGGGAAAUAUAAUAAAGAGGAAAGU